AGUGGGACAGGGGGCGUGGCCAUGACUUGUGAUGGGCACUUCUGAAAGCCAUGUGAUGGACUCGCAGUUCCUCAGCGCAGUGCUCAGUGGAACAUGAGAGCUGGGACCGUGAGGAUGGCACUGGACGCAGAUGACUCGAGUAGGAAAUGUGCGCUUUGUUGCCAGAGGUGGUGUUUGUCAGCGCGCGCGCCCGCUCUUUCAGUGUUCUCGUAGGCGACUUUGCGACGGCGACGCGCUGAGAUGAAUACUUUCUACAUCACCAUUGAAGUGAUCAUCGCUGUGCUGUCUAUCGUCGGCAACGUGCUGGUGUGCUGGGCUGUCGCCAUCAACUCCACUCUCAAGAACGCCACCAACUACUUCUUGGUGUCUCUGGCUGUAGCCGAUAUUUUAGUCGGGUGCCUCGCCAUCCCCUUCGCCAUCACCAUCAGCAUCGGGCUGCCCUGCGACUUCUACGGCUGCCUUUUCCUCGCCUGCUUCGUGCUCGUGCUCACCCAGAGCUCAAUAUUCAGCCUCCUGGCGGUGGCCAUCGAUAGAUACCUGGCUGUCAAGAUUCCUCUCAGGUAUAAGGAGCUGGUUACAGGGAACAGGGCCAGAAAGAUCAUUGCCAUUUUAUGGAUUCUAUCAUUCAUCAUUGGCCUCAUCCCAUUUGCGGGCUGGAACAAGAAAGCCAGCGCCUGCAGAACAACUGAAAAUCAAAGUUCUCCUCUCCAGAAUUCCAGCGCAGAUCAGGGAGUACCCACAGAAGCAGAACAGGGCUUCUUGCAGAGCUGCCGUCUAAAAUGCCUCUUCGAGAGUGUAGUGGACAUGAGCUACAUGGUCUACUUCAAUUUUUUUGGAUGCGUACUGCUGCCCUUGCUCAUCAUGCAAGGCAUCUACGUCAAGAUUUUCACAGUGGCUCGGAAGCAGCUACGCCAGAUCAAGCUUGGAAGCGUGAUGGGCAACGGCGAGAGCCGGCAACACCAGCACCAUCGUGGGCUCCUGCAGCGCGAAAUCCGUGCCGCCAAGUCCCUGUCCAUUAUCGUAGGCCUCUUUGCACUGUGCUGGCUGCCAGUGCACAUCCUCAACUGCCUCACCCUCUUUACUCAAGUGGACAAGCCCGACUACAUCAUGUACGUGGCCAUUAUACUCUCGCAUGCCAAUUCAGCUGUCAACCCCAUUAUCUAUGCUUACCGCAUCCGGGAGUUCAGAAACACCUUCCGGAAAAUUCUGGCACGCCACUUUCUUUGCCGUCGGGAAGAGCUGUACCUGAGCGCCAAUGGAAGCACCCGACACAGAGAACAGAUUACCAUGACCAUUGAUCUUCCGUUAUAGGAUCAUGAGACACUGGAAAUGCUAUUUUAACUUAAUUUAAUCUUAUUUUCAAUGAUCAUCAUUCAAAAUAUGGGGAGCAAUGUUUACAGGCCAGAGAAUAACUGCAACAAAUGUGGAUUGCUAGGCUGUUUAUGAGGACUGAAAGGAAGUGUACUGAUGGCACUUUGAAAGCAGGUCUCUCUGGAACUUUUUUUUUAAACAUUAUUGUUAACUAAAGCAGAGGGCGAAAUGCUCCUUUCCUAACACUACUAAGACAGAGAUACAGGAAAUAUCUCCUCUUCACCCUGACGCAACUAACAAGCUUGAUCAAACUGUACUCUUCAUUCCAAGUCUUGUUCACUUAAAGCUUUUUUUUGAAGGAACUGCAACAAAUUGUGAAGGAGAAAGGAAUAACUCACAGCCAGACAGACUGGGGCAGUAGAAUACAUACAACAGGCUUUUAACAAUUAACUUGUAACAGUCUUUUAAAGUGUCAUGCUUGAAUUUUUAAGACCGUUUUAAUAAAUCUUUAAAAUUUAGGUUACUAUAGAAAGCUCAGGAAAACCAUGGGGUCGGACAGGAAUCGUCUUGAGGAAAUUCACUGAAAUUCAUUGAAAGAAAACUGGGCUGAUUGCCACUUUUGACAGAGAUAGCACUGUGUAAUUGGUUAAAUCUUAGAAAAGCAGAUAAGGUAGAUCAAACACACUGGUUUCUAAUUCUAGAAACAAUGGACUCUGUAGUUGAACCAUAGUUAGUACCAUACUUCAAUGUUCCUACACGUUUGUUCCUACACGUUUGUUUUUACUAGUCACUUUGUAAGUCAUUAGAACCUGUUUUGUAAGAUAUCUCUGCAAGAGCAAAUUUCCACAUGUUGAAAUGGUAUUAUGUCACUUUACACACACUCCCACGUACAUUAUACAUUCUCUCCCGCAUAUACACACCAAGUGGUCCCAGCUGCCCUGGUGAUGGACUUGGGGUUAUUGUCUCCCUCAUGAGUGCGUCACUGCUCCCAAGGGCCCAGUUUGUCAUUGAAUGUGCAAGUGCAACAAACUGCAGAGGCAGAACACAGAGCCUGGAGCAGAGUGUGUCUACUGCACUGAGAUUUAAAGUGUGACGGUCAGGCAAAAGUGUCUGCAGCAACAAAGAUUUAAAGCGUCACCUCUGAGCUAGCAGCCACCUACCUCUUUAACACUGUUCUAACAAAAUACUGUGAAUUUUAGCCACUGUCCUCCAUAUCUGAUCAAAACCAUGUGACUGUAAAAAAACAAUUCUAAAAAUUAUAACUAUUUACAUCUUGAGUGAUUUAAGAAUGUCAUCACAAGGUGACUAGUAAGUGUAUUGAUGGCACUGAACAAUGAAAAACCUAAAUGUUCUCAUUUCCGAUAUGGAAGAAAUAAAACACAAUAGGGCAUGCUGUUAUAGGAGUGUAAUCAACGAUGGGGUAGCGUGAUCCAAAGCGAAGCGGAGUCACUGUUACCACCCCAAACUUGAUUAUUUUCCAAUAACUGCACGUCCCCAAAGUGUUUUAUUCCUCUUAUACCACAACACUUUACCAACAAUUAAUUUUUUAUUUAUUUAUUAAAAAAGACAUAGAAGUUUUACCAGUUACAUUUACUGCUUUCGAUUGUCCAUGAGACAAUCAUGUUAUCACUUAAGUUAUAUCAGCUAUAAACAUUUGUUCCCUCUCUUCUUUUCUCUCUUUUGAAUAAACUUAUUCAAAAGAGAGAGAAUGACUUAAGAAAAAAAAAAAAAAAAAAAAAAACAUAGGUUGUCAUGUUACCAAGAAACCAUACAGCCCCCCCACCCUGAAGACUUUCCCGUGUUGGGAAACUCUACAGCUUUACCUCUGAGUGUUACAAAGCUCUGACGCUGGAGACUCUUUAAACAUCUCCUUAAACAAAAAAUUUAACAUAGCAACGAUUACCACACAUUUUUAAAAUCCAUUCGUGGCACAGCCGCCAUACAAGUCCCUGUGUAAGUUGUUACUUUCGAAAUGAUAACAUAUUAGAACAAGUGCAUUAAUAUAAACCCGUGACUUGCCUUACAGCCAGAGCUACUGUCUGAGCUACUUCUGAUUAAUCAGAAUCGAGAAUUCAACUGUGGUAUAAGGACGAUUAUAACACCCAGGUUGCCAUAGAACAUUUAGGACCUUGUUUUGGAAGGGGGUUCUAAACCACGCUUCUGAACUGCACUGAAUUUGUGAAGUGUUUUCAGUCGCAAACACUUUCUUGCCUUUUCAAUGAAUAUUACUUAAUGGUUCUUUAAAAGGUAAAAUGAAUAGACUUUUUAAUGGCACACAGAGUUGCCUUUUUUCUUUUUUUUUUAAUAAAUAAGUCAGUCACUCUGUCAGGCUGUGAGUGAUCAGACGCACAGUGUGUGCUUGGCUAAUGCACUGAUGUUCCCAUAAAUGGCAUGACCACUCAGACAUGACAAAUGUAUUCUAAUAUACAUCAGAGCAAAGCAAGACAAGGCAGUGGUAAAAGGCUAUUUAUUGAUUAGAAGAUGCAGUGAGGCAGGUGAACACAAGCUCUGUAGGAUCUUAAUGAAACUCGUUAAGCCUUUUAAAUCUUUGGUUUAUUACUACUCUUAAGGGCUAAACUGCAGGAAUGUGCCAAAGUGAAUGGACAUUCCCAUGGAGACCAAUCUGUACUGCACUGUAGGGGUGUUAGAGGCCAUUUUAUUUGCUUAGAAAAUGCAUUGUGUACUUUUAAUAGCUUGGUGAAAGCAGAAAAUUGAGGAAGGAAAAUGUUUCAGUUACUUUCUAGUAAAAUGUAUAACUACACAUUUAAGAUCUACUCUAGCUCUAACAUUCCUGUCUACAGAGAAACAGAAAACCUUUCAGAGAAGUGUAUUUUUAAAUGUGCUACAGUAUUCGUGCUACACUUAUCAGCAUACACUGUGGUUCAUAAUUGAUGUUGAGUAUUUGUGUUGAAGUGUUAUCACAAUAUAAUUGUCAGCUGUAUAAAGCAGUACUGUUAUUUAACAUUAAUAUGUAUGUCUGGUGACUUAUUUUGUUAAUAAAAGCCCUUUGUAUAU